AGGACCUGGGAGAAGAGCAACGAAAGAAAAAGAGGAGAGGAAAAACGGAACAACCACACAAAUGGCACUCAUGGCAGGGAUUUUGUUCACGGCUACCUUUCUUGUUUCUGGGAUUUCUACAUUGGUUUCUACGACACGGAUAUACCCCCCAAAUGAAGUCACGUUAUUGGAUUCCAGAUCUGUACAGGGGGAGCUGGGAUGGGUCGCCAACCCGACAGAAGGAGGGUGGGAGGAAGUAAGCAUUAUGGAUGAGAAGAAUAUCCCCAUCCGGACGUACCAGGUGUGUAACGUCAUGGAACCAAACCAGAACAACUGGCUCCGCACUGACUGGAUCCCCCGCGGAGGUGCCCAGCGUGUCUACAUCGAGAUCAAGUUCACCCUCCGAGACUGCAACAGCCUCCCGGGGGUCAUGGGAACCUGCAAGGAAACCUUCAAUCUUUACUACUACGAGUCCAACAAUGACAAAGAGCGCUACAUUCGCGAGAACCAGUUCGGCAAGAUCGAUACCAUCGCCGCGGACGAGAGCUUCACUCAGGUGGACAUCGGCGAUCGCAUCAUGAAGCUGAACACGGAGGUGCGGGACGUGGGCGCCUUGACCCGCAAAGGUUUCUAUUUGGCCUUCCAGGAUGUUGGAGCGUGCAUUGCGCUCGUGUCCGUCAGGGUCUUCUACAAGAAAUGUCCUUUAGCGGUGCGUAACUUGGCCCAGUUUCCUGAUACCAUCACUGGAGCAGAUACCUCCUCGCUUGUGGAAGUUCGAGGCUCGUGCGUGGAUAAUUCAGAGGAGAAGGAGGUUCCCAAGAUGUACUGUGGAGCUGAUGGAGAGUGGCUGGUGCCUAUUGGGAACUGCUUGUGCAACCCUGGAUACGAGGAGCGCAAUGCAGAAUGCCAAGCCUGCAAGAUUGGUUACUACCGUGCUUUGGCCACCGAUGGCGCCUGCUCCAAGUGUCCGCUCCACAGCUACUCCGUCAGGGAGGGCUCCACCUCCUGCGUCUGCGAUAAAGGAUACUUCCGAUCCGAAACAGACCCAGCAUCCAUGCCCUGCACCCGACCUCCGACGGCACCGCUCCACCUCAUCUCCAACGUGAACGAGACCUCCGUAAACCUGGAGUGGAGCCCGCCCCGGAGCUCGGGAGGACGCCAGGACCUGACGUACAACGUGGUGUGUAAGCGCUGCGGGCCCGACGGCCAGCGCUGUCAACCCUGCGGUAACGGCAUCCACUUCAGCCCCCAGCAACUGAGUCUGAAAGGAACCAGGGUGUCUAUCAACGAGCUGCAGGCCCACACCAACUACACCUUCGAGGUGUGGGCGGUCAACGGAGUGUCGCCUCAGAGCCCCGGGCCGGAACAGGCCGUGUCGGUGACCGUCACCACCAACCAGGCCGCUCCAUCUCCAGUGUCAUCCAUUCAAGCAAAGGACAUCACAAGACAUACCAUCUCACUGGCCUGGCAGCCUCCUGAUAGAGCCAACGGGGUCAUCCUGGAAUAUGAGGUCAAGUACUACGAGAAGGACCAGAAUGAAAGGAGCUACAGAAUCAUAAAAACCUCAUCCAGGAAUACCGACAUCAAGGGUCUCACCCCCAUCACCUCCUACGUUUUUCACGUGCGCGCUCGCACGGCGGCCGGCUACGGAGAAUUCAGCGGCCCCUUUGAGUUCAUGACCAACUCCGUGCCAGCUCCCAUUAUUGGUGAUGGGGCCAACUCCACAGUGUUACUGGUAUCCGUAGUGGGCAGCGUGGUCCUCCUCCUCAUCCUCAUCAGCGCUUUUGUCAUCAGCCGAAGAAGGAGUAAGUACAGCAAGGCCAAGCAGGACUCUGACGAGGAGAAGCACUUACACCAAGGAGUGAGGAUAUACGUUGACCCCUUCACCUACGAGGACCCCAACCAAGCCGUCCGCGAGUUCGCCAAAGAGAUCGACGCCUCCUGCAUCAAAAUCGAAAAGGUUAUCGGCAUCGGGGAGUUCGGGGAGGUCUGCAGCGGCCGCCUGAAGAUGCCCGGGAAGAGGGAGAUCUGCGUGGCCAUCAAGACGCUGAAAGCCGGCUACACCGACAAACAGAGGAGGGAUUUCUUGUCCGAGGCCAGCAUCAUGGGCCAGUUCGACCACCCGAACAUCAUCCACCUAGAGGGCGUGGUCACCAAAUGUAAGCCAGUGAUGAUUAUCACAGAGUACAUGGAAAACGGAUCCCUGGAUGCAUUCCUGAGGAAGAACGACGGUCGCUUCACGGUGAUCCAGCUGGUGGGCAUCCUGCGUGGCAUCGCCUCAGGCAUGAAGUACCUGUCAGACAUGAGCUACGUUCACCGCGACCUGGCAGCUCGCAACAUCUUGGUCAACAGCAACCUGGUGUGCAAGGUGUCCGACUUCGGCAUGUCCCGAGUGCUGGAGGACGACCCCGAGGCUGCGUACACCACCAGGGGUGGGAAAAUCCCAAUCCGCUGGACGGCCCCGGAGGCUAUCGCUUACAGGAAGUUCACCUCGGCCAGUGACGUGUGGAGCUACGGCAUCGUCAUGUGGGAGGUGAUGUCAUACGGCGAGCGACCAUACUGGGACAUGAGUAAUCAAGAUGUGAUCAAGGCCAUUGAUGAGGGCUAUCGGCUGCCCCCGCCCAUGGAUUGCCCCGUUGCGCUCCACCAGCUCAUGCUGGACUGCUGGCAGAGAGAGAGGGCCGACCGGCCAAAGUUUGGACAGAUCGUCAACAUGCUGGAUAAGCUGAUUCGUAACCCCAACACUCUGAAGAGGACCGGGGGAGAGACCGCUGUCAGGCCUAACACCACCCUGCUGGAGCCAGGCAGCCCCGAAGCAUCCUCGGCCGUGAGCACAGUGGAGGACUGGCUGCAGGCCAUCGGCAUGGAGAGAUACAGCGACAACUUUACUGCCGCCGGCUACAACACUCCAGAGGCUGUGGUCCACAUGACACAGGAAGACAUGGCCCGCAUAGGCAUCUCCUCUGCAGCACACCAGAACAAGAUCCUGACCAGCGUCCAGGGAAUGCUGUCUCAAAUGCAACAGAUGCAAGGCAGAAUGGUUCCCGUCUGAGAGAUUUAAACAAAGAAAAAAGGAAAAGGGAGCAAAGCGACUUCGUUUCUUAUGAAAAAAAAAAUAACAAAAAAGAUUAAAUAUUACAAAAAAAAGAGACAAAUAAACUAUGAAGAAAUAGUUUACCUCAUCCAUGCACUUUAAAUUGGAUCUAAAAGAAAAGAAGACGUUGAAGAAGAAGAAAAAAAGUGGUGAAAAUGGCACUUUUUAAAAAUCAGACCUUUACCUUGCCCUUUUUUUUGUUUGUUGUUUUGGAGAAUGGGACACUUCUGUCUGCAGCAUUUAUGGAUAAAUGGAGGGACGGCUGGAAAAGUGCUUCCGAGAGGCCAAUCUGGAGUGCCUUUAAUGGUCUGGAAGGAAAAGUGAGGGAGGAGGGAGGGAAUCGUACCUUUCUCCCUCCUCUUGGGCAGAGUGUUGUUUCUGGAACUUUCUUUCUGGAAUAGUCCGUGGAGCAGAUUUUUUUGAUUUCCUGUGACUGUGUUUAUUGUACAUGAAUUGUUUCUGUGGGACUCGCAGGCCGCUCUGGCCACCAUUGUUCUCUCUCAGCUGGAUCUGUUUGAUAUCUCACAGACAAAAUGGAGGAUCCUAACCGUCAGAUAUAAACAGUGAAUCUCUGAGAGGUUGAGGGUUGGAUUCCGCGGGGAGAUGGCGGUGCAGGGAGGGCUUAUUUUGAGGAGCUUCAUGUUGUGUUUUUCUGCUCAGUUCUGGCCUUGUUUUCUUCCCAGAACGCUGUAUUUUGUUGCCCUCAGGACGUUACUGAGAAUGUCUUUGAUCUUCCAGAGGAGCCUUCCCACUCCCCUGUCUUCCCAAAAAUGCCCUCCCACACCUCUGAUAAACACACAAUUUGGAUUCUUCCAUUCAUCUCCCCCAUCAGAAUCAAAGCCCCCCCUCUCCUCUCGCCCACCCUCCUGCAGCACCUAUCACCUCUUCCUCACCACUUUUUGAUGGACAGCUGUUUGGACCACUUAAAUUGGCUUUAUAAAUUGGACGCAAGAUGAAGGAAUUUAUCGGCGGGAUUUUUAUCGAACAUAAGGAUGCAGCAUGGAUGUGGAAUGAAUCACAGUCAUAAGCAUCGUCAUCGCCAUGACAAUAAAUAAGAAAAUACACUGGGGAUUACUCAAUCAAUAACCAAGCUGCUGUCGUCCAUCAUAAACAGGAUCCCGGGCCUCGCUUUCGCCAUGACUUAGAAUUCCUCCUCGUCUUCCUCCUUCCUGCGCUCCUCUCCGCUCCUCUCCUUGGAGUCUCUCCUCUGACACCGAGAAGACAGAUCCAUCCCCGCGUUUCUGAGACGUCCGCCGUCCACAACAUGUCAUCUUGACAAACUAGCCACCAUGUGCUUGUGGCCAUCCAGCGAAGUACUGGAAUUACUAUGAAUGAUUUAACAGCAUUAAAAAAAAAAAGAGAGAGACAAUAAGAAGAAUGUAAUAUAAUCGAGAAGCCCUGCUCCAGCGGAUAAUGUACCUUUUUUUUUGUUGUUGUUGAAAGUUUCAUUUUUUUAAUUUUAUGAUGAUUUUUUUUUUGUGUUGUUUUGUUCUUUGUUUGCAUGUACAGUAACAAGCGUUUGAUUUGAGCGUGCGAAUGACUCUCGAAGUGUGUGUGUGUGUGUGUGUGCACGAGAGUGUGUGCGUGAGUCUAGAUGUAUGAGUGACGUCUAUUUGAAGUACUAUCAGUAAUUUUGUCCGAUUUCAUGCCACUGUGGAGAACGAGGAGAUAACAGAGUUGUAUUGUUUUUGAUAUAAAGAAAAAUCGUGGACUUUUUUUUUUUCUUUUUUGCUUUUGUGUCGUCUAAAAAAAAAAAAAAACCUUAAAAAAAAAACGAUGUAAGGUGUGUCGCUCCCGUCGUGCAAACUCUUGCUCAGCAACAGCAUUUAUUAAAACAGCUUUUCUGGAAUGCAACCCAUUUCUGCUUUUGGCAGUGACGCCAGCUUGCAAACGGACACGCGGAGGCACAGACGAGAAAAGCUUCUUGUCCGUAGAAACAUAAGCGGACAACACUAUAGUUUGGACUCUCCAAGCUCAUGACAAGUCAAGGAGAACACGUUGGAACCGUCUCUCGAUAUGGGAGAAGGGGAGCAGUUUAAAAUGAAGCACCUGUACACAACAAAGGAUCAGAGAAGUGAGGAAAAAAAGUGAUAAAGAACGGGAAACAGUUGGUUAUUUUCAUUUUUUCCAGAGCACAACAUACAGCUACAGGUUUAACCCAAUGGACUUUUUUUUUUUUGUUCCUUUAUCUCUUUAAACUAUACUUAUGUGAAUGUUUUUAAACUUGUAAGUGACGCUUCAGAUAAUACAAGAACACCUCCGUCCUUAAUACAGCUCUACUGCUCUUUCCUUUUUUGGCGAUGUGUUACUUUUUUGGGGUUUUAUCUGUUGAAAACAAACGAGAAAAAAAAAGGACCUGUUUGGAAAUAUGCAAGACGUGUUGGGAAGGAGAAGGAAACCAGAAUGUACUGUAAAAUACUUUUUUCCUUUACUUAAAUGUUGGACGAUUUGAAAAAACACAAAAAAGAAAAAAAAAAAUUAACAAAAACGCAAGAGUUAAUGUUUGUCAUUGUAUGCCUUCCGAUGCCAUAUGAUCUAGCCAUGUAGAUCUAACAUUCUCUCAAUCUUUGGUUUUUGUACCUUUUUUUGUUGUUGACAUGAUCAUGAUUUUUUUUUUUUUUGCCUUUUUUCUUUUUGUUUUAUUUGUUUUUGUCAAGGAGCUCUAGGUACAUGUAACUUAUGUCAUUUAUUUAUGUCCUUUUAUAUCUAGUUUGUAAAAUAAUAGCCUAAAGUGAAGAAAAUAAAGGGGUGCCAAAGCGCAUUCUUAUUAAAGUAGAAACCA